AUGUGGUUUAUAGAGUCUCUAGCGCCAAUCCUCGAGACGCAGAUUUCACCUGUUACUGAUACCGAGUCGGGGUCUCAUGAUUGUGCAGUAGGGGAUGAUGCACUAUCCCAAGCUAUGCUACAAUUUUUAAAGAGGGUCGCUGGAUCCAACAUUGGUUCUGAGGGCCGUGGGUCGGUUAUAGAACAACUCCGGUCCAAUGGGGCUGAGGUAUUUAAGGGCAUUGUUGGAGUUGCGCCAAAUGUGGCCGAGUACUGGAUGGAGGCCAUUGAGCGUAUAAUGGAUAAUCUGGAUUUUUCUGCUGAGCAGAAGCUCAAGGGGGUUGUUUCACUACUUCGCGAUGAAGCGUAUCAGUGGUGGCUGACGGUUAAAGAUGGCACUCAGCUUGAUCGGUUGACAUGGGAUCUGUUUAAGAUGGCUUUCCAGGGCAAGUAUGUGGGAGCCAGCUAUAUCAACGCUAGGAGGUGUGAGUUCCUGAAUCUUACUCAGGGAGAUCAUUCAGUGGCUAAGUAUGAGGCCGAAUUUCUAAGACUAAGCCGUUAUGCGUGA